GUGAGUAAAAAGAUGGCGAAAUCGAAUCGACAUUUCGAGCUGAACAAUGGCGCAAAAAUCCCGUCAGUUGGACUCGGCACAUGGAAGGCUGAUGACGGAGUCGUCGGCGACGCCAUCACCACCGCAAUUAAGGUUGGGUAUCGGCAUAUUGAUUGCGCUCAAAGAUAUGGCAAUGAGAAAGAGAUAGGUAAAACUCUUAAGAAGCUGUUUGAUGAAGGGGUGGUGAAGCGCAAAGAUUUGUGGAUUACUUCCAAGCUCUGGUGUUCUGAUCAUGCUCCAGAAGAUGUACCUUUGGCCUUAAACAGAACCUUGAGUGAUCUGCAGCUUGACUAUGUUGAUCUUUAUCUGAUGCACUGGCCUGUUAGCAUGAAGAAAGGUUCAGUAACUUUUGAUCCCGAGAAUCUCACUAAAGUCGACAUACCAAGUACGUGGGCAGCAAUGGAGUCACUCUGCGAUGCUGGCAAGGCUCGGGCAAUUGGUGUGAGCAAUUUCUCAUCCAAGAAGCUUGGGGACUUGCUAGACAUAGCUCGUAUUCCUCCAUCCGUCAAUCAGGUGGAAUGCCACCCUGACUGGCAACAGCAGCAGCUGCAUAGCUUCUGUCAAUCCAAGGGGGUUCAUCUAUCGGGAUACAGACCUCUUGGUAAUAUGCUUGAAAAUCAAGUAUUGAAUUUGAUUGGUGAGAAAUUGGGGAAGACUCCGGCACAAGUUGCUUUGCGCUGGGGUUUGCAGAUGGGCCACAGUUUGCUUCCAAAGAGCACUAAUGAGAAGAGGACUAAAGAGAACUUUGAUGUGUUUGAUUGGGCUAUUCCUCAAGAUUUGUGUGACAAGUUCUCCGAAAUUGAGCAGGUGAAAUUAGUCCCUGGGAAUACUUUUGUGCAUGAAACGUUGGGUUACUACAAAAACUUACAAGAGCUCUGGGAUGGUGAAAUCUGAGAGGGAAGUACUUUAUAAUCUCACUAGUAAGAACUAUUAAACUAGCUAAUCUCAAAUUGCAAAGAAAUAAGAGCAUCUCCAAUGGCGGACGUCCGGUCGGACGUGCGCGACGGGCGACCGGGACGUCCGCCAUUAUGGCA